AUGCUUCAAGGUGUUAGUGGUGUGAUCCCAUGCUGCCCCUAUGCUUCAAGAAUAUUAUCUUCACACCAUAUUCACUCACUCGCCUGCCACCUUCCCGCCACCCACUCCCGCCUUCCCGCCACCCACUCCCGCCUUCCCGCCACCCACUCCCGCCUUCCCGCCACCCACUCCCGCCUUCCCGCCACCCACUCCCGCCUUCCCGCCACCCACUCCCACCUUCCUGCUGCCCACUCCCGCCUUCCUGCUGCCCUCUCCCGCCUUCCUGCUGCCCUCUCCCGCCUUCCUGCUGCCCUCUCCCGCCUUCUCCAAUGCUCUCCCACCUUCUCCAACGCUCUUCUUCCUUCACACCUCGCAGCUACCUGGACAGCAACGCUUAUCUACCUGGAGAGCAACGAUCUCUCUGGCUCCCUCCCUCGAGGCAUCCUCUCUCUGCCCAAACUAAACCUUCUCAACCUACACGACAACAUGCUGUCCGGUCCACUGCCAACCGGCUUCAAGAACGGCACCAUCCUGUCAGCCGGCCAAUACAACCUGCACCACAACUUCUUCUACGGUCCUGCCUCUGUCACUGCCGGCGGCGUCACCUCCUGCCCUCAAGACCAGACCCGCCGAGGCAUCUUCUACCAGUCUUCCAUUGCAUACAACUGCCUCACAUACCCCACCACCUCCGCGUGCUACCAGGCCGGGAGGGUGCAGACCCAGGUUGCUGCCAGCACGUGCAAGAGGUUUUGCAACGCAGGGGAGAACCCGUGCGGGGGGCACGGGGCAUGCUGGUUUGCCAAGGGGGUGGACCCGAACUGUUUGUGUGACGCAGGGUAUGUUCAGACAGCUGACAAGCAGUCCUGCGUGAAGAAACCCAAGGGGCGGAAGAGGAAAGUGCUUUGGCAGUACCGUAGGCUGGGUGGGUGGGAGAUCGUUGGGUCGCCUGAGGACCUUCUGAUCUGGUCUGGGGGUCCUUGUGCUGUUGCUAGUUUUGAGGCGUCUUACGGUAGAUACCGUGUGUGUGUGCUGUAA